AUGGCGCAAUCACAGAAUCAGUACCCUCCGCCGCCGAUGUCGGCCCCUGCACAUCUUUCCCCCCCACCUCCGCAGCAGGCCAGCCCCUUCGCACCUCCGAAUUUCAGCUACCCGCCUCCCCCAACUCAGUCACCUCCUACGAGUGGGGGAUAUCCAGGCCCUCCACAAUCCACUAGUCCGCCUGGAUCUGCACAGCAAUAUGCUCAACAUAACGCUGCCGCUGUUCAGCAAAAUGCUGCUAUCCACCGACCAUCGCUGUCACAGUCACCCCCGUUGAAGGCAAAUAUCGAACAUCUACCCGGUGGUGCACCGGCAGCAGGUCAAUUUUCCGGAGCGAGCGCAGCAAACGAGGACUCCAUAGGAACUUUCAAUGGAGGCAGCUAUCGGGUCAGCCAUCGUGAUUCAAACUCUCUGUUGACUGUACAACUUGCGAUAGGCGCCCCAUUUACAGCCAGACCAGGUGCUAUGAUUGCGAUGUCUACAACGGUUACUUUGAAGGGUACUUUCCAUUUUGCGUGGAAGAAACUACUUGCUGGUGGCGAAAUGACAAUGUCAAAGUACAAGGGGCCUGGUGAACUCUUAAUUGCCCCUUCCACUCUCGGAGAUAUCAUUGUUCUCCGAAUCAACGAGAACAACGAGUGGAAGAUUGGGCGGGAUGCAUUCCUGGCUUCGACAGAUGCAGUUGCACAUAAAUACCAGGCGCAAGGGAUCACCAAGGGUGUGUUUUCUGGGGAAGGUCUCUUCAUUUACAAGAUCACAGGUGAUGGUCUACUUUGGGUUCAAAGCUUCGGCGCUAUAAUCAAGAAGGAUCUCCAAGAUGGAGAAGACUACUUUAUAGAUAACGGCCAUCUUGUCGCAUGGAACUGCAAGUAUAAGAUUGAGCGUGUUGCAUCUGGUGGAAUCAUGUCCAACUUUAGCGCCGGAGAAGGGUUGGCCUGCAGGUUCACUGGACCGGGAACCGUUUAUUUGCAGACUAGAAACCUGAAUGCAUUUGCGGUACAGAUGAAGGUGAGCACCGCAAGUGGCUAA